AUGUUAGACAACAAUAAUUCGGCUCUCGCUAUCAACUCCAGUACCAGUAUACCAACGGCGGCCUUCAGAGUACCUUUUAAGUACACUGACCUUAGCACAACGACAGCCAGCAAUGCUUCAAGCCAGGCAAGAGGCAUCGAAGGCUCAAGCCCACCAGAUUUCAAAAAUUUAAUUGACCACAAUGAUACAAAACGGGUAGUCUCACCUAAUAUCUUCAUCGCCGGGUGGGAGAUUGAAUGCCCCUCUGCACGUUGGAUAGUCGGCAAUAUGGACCCAAGCUGGAGGAAUUACCCUAGAUUUCGAACCGGUCCACAACUGAAUCAAAUUGGUGGGCGAAGUCGUCCCGAGUACAUCAACCACAUUUCCGAACUCGAAAAUAUGAGCCAUAAUGCUAAAGAGCUCUUGUACCGCCGGAUUAGGAACCACCUACUCAGAUGUCGAACUUGCACUUGCGACCAAGAAACCGGCGAACUUAAGCCCGGUGGGCAACCCCCGACUGGGUCGGCCAAGUCCCACACUUGGUGUUUGAGGGGUACCGAGGUUCCAGAAUCAUGUCGUAGCUGGUGGAAUUGCUACUGUAAAGUUACAGCUCGUCAGCCCCCGCUCGUUGAAGGAGAGAGUUAUGAGGCACACCUCAACGCUUUAGAAAGACUCCCCCAGGCUUUUAGAGAUCAAGUCCCAGAUUACCAAUGGGCACCGCCAGGUACCACUAUAAACGUGCGACCUCUUUGGCUUGGAGAAGCACCCCCCCCAUUUGCGCCGCUCCCGGAGCUAGAGCCAGGGGUAUCCCCAGGGUUGAUACCAGUGGCAUCCCCAGAGCUAGGCCCAGCGCUAGAGGAACCCCCCGAAUUAGUGGAUAUGGAUCAGCUGGAAAUGCUUCUACUAGAUACCACAGCAAUUCCAUACGCUAGGCAACGCACACCUGAGGAACCCAGCGGAGAACCCGACGGAGAAUCUGGCGGGGAAUCUGGCGGGGAAUCUGACGAAGAAUCCAUUGUAGAGUCCAGCGCAGGGCCCUCUAGAGGGCCCACCCUGUACGGAGCGCAUGACCGCCAAGGUUGGCGCCAACCCCGACGUUAUUACGACCCGGUGAGAGGCUUCGACAGACCUCCUGGGGGGGGAUCGGCACCGCCUCCACUUCUUCGGAGACGCGAUAAUUCGUUAAAAAAGCGCGAAAUAUCUAUGCCAAAUCAGGCGGGAAACGCCGAAAUGGAUGAGACGACGAACGCUCAGUAA